GCCGUAUUCCUAUCGCACGUGACGGGCCCAAGCCGGUUCGGGGACGGGGCGAAAAGAAGACGGCUCGCGACCUGCAGCAGCAUCAUUUGAGAGACUUACAGACCGGAGAGAGCUUCUUGCGCACCCUCCUGCCAACCACCCCCGCCCCGAUCAAUUGGCUCUCCGAUCGUCACUGCUCAAUCGAGCCACCGCCGGCAGAGCAUUCCACACUCCAACCCUCGAAGCCAUGAUGCUGUCUAGAGCUGCGCGGCCGGCUCUGAGAGCUGGAGCUGCGUUUCCCUCUCGCGCCGUCACGUCCGCCCCUCAUGCUGCCGCCGGCUAUGCGACGCUGCGAGAAAUCGAGGGCCGUCUCAAGUCCAUCCGCAACAUCGAGAAGAUCACCAACACCAUGAAGAUUGUGGCCUCGACCAAGCUCACCCGUGCCCAGCGGGCCAUGAACGAGUCCAAGACCUACGGUGAGACUUCCAAGGAGGUCUUCGAACAGGCCGAGACCAAGCCCCUCGAGGGCGAGGACAAGAAGACCCUCUAUGUUGUCUGUUCCUCCGACAAGGGCCUUUGUGGCGGUGUCCACUCCGGUCUUUCCCGCUACAUCCGCCGUCAGUUUGCCGAGAAGCCCAACGCCUACGAGCUCGUCAUCCUUGGUGAAAAGUGCAAGGCCCAGCUGUCGCGAACCCAGGCCAAGGACAUCCAGCUCAGCUUCGCUGGCGUCGGCAAGGAUGUCCCCACCUUUGCCGAUGCCCAGGCCAUCGCCGACCAGAUCGUCAACCUGCCCCACGAGUACGCCUCGAUCAAGGUGCUCUACAACAAGUUCAUCAACGCCCAGAGCUACGAGGCCGCCGAGAUUGACGCCUUCUCCGAGGAUGCUAUUAAGGCUUCCCAAAACUUCUCUGCGUUCGAGAUUGACGAGGAGCUCCUGCCCAACCUGCAGGAGUACGCUCUCGCCAACGCCAUCUACUGGGGUCUCGCUGAGGGUCACGCUUGCGAGCAGUCUGCUCGCCGAAACGCCAUGGACAACGCCUCCAAGAACGCCGGCGAGAUGAUCAACAAGUACCAGAUUCUUUUCAACCGCACCCGACAAGCCGUCAUUACCGGUGAACUGGUUGAAAUUAUCACCGGUGCCACUGCCUCGGCAGACAUGUAGAUGCAGAGCGGCAGGUAGAAGAAAUGCUGGGGCACGUUGCCAAGGUCCGGAUGGACGGAAUCUUAACAAAUUUCCCUUUGUGACAACACAUACCAACGGGCUUCGUCCGGCCCGUGUACCAAGAUUAGUAGAGCAAAGAGAGAGAGAGAGAUUCAAGAGGUUGAAUUGUUUGCCUCCACAUGCUCCGGGUAAAUUCCUCGGACCGCUCUCCGUUCACGUGAAUGACAUGCGGCUGUGAUCUGGCCACCACGCAGCCUAAUUCACAGUAGAUGACAAUACCCCUGGGAGUGCGCCACAGCUUGUCUUCCCCAAUACUGGGGAACCGCUCCUCAAAGCUGUAACGUAAAGCGAACCAGACCUCCAC